UGUACAAUUAUUGGCAUCGCCCAGACAUGGCCAUGAAGUUAUCCAAUGCCCCUCCGCAUAAAUUCACCCCGCCGGACUUUGCUCCGACCCCGUCAUAUCAACACCACAGGACGACAGAACAUACAACACAAAUAACUAAAAGGAAAGGAUACAUUAGAAGAAUAUUGUCACCUGAAUCAAUCUUCAAACAAGUAACAUGUCCACCUCCGAAAUCCCAACCCCAGCCAAAUGCACGGCAGAUUUCUGCUUGAUCCCGAUGGGAACUUCCAGUCCCUCCGUAUCCGCUCAAAUCGCCGACGUCCAGCGUCUCAUUGAAAAGUCCGAUCUGAAAUACACCAUGCAUUCUGCUGGGACUACGCUUGAAGGACCCUGGGAUAGAGUCUACCAGGUUAUCGGGCAGGCACACACAAUGCUUCAUCAGCAGGGGAUAGUGCGCAUACAGACAGAUAUCCGGACAGGAUCGAGGACGGACAAGGCGCAGACGGCUGAGGAUAAAGUGAAUAAGGUGCGGCAGUUGUUGGGCAAGGAAUAAAGGGUCAUAAAUACUUUCUUUUCUCAAGACGAAUGAGAUCAAAAUAGACAUUUCUAUCGCUAUUGAAUCAUCAUUACAUACAAAAUGCCAAUGAACCAGAACACCGCGCCGUCGACAUACUAUGUAGAGAUAUGUCCAAGAUGCAAUAGCAUCAGAUACCAAUUUUCAAAUC